GCAAAUCGGCUUCGACACAAGCUGGGAGGCAUUAGAGAGCAGUGGACCUUUGGCUGAAAAACAAGUAUAACAGCUAUUUCCUCUAACACGUUUUGCUGAUUUUUUUUUUUUAAUGUGCCACUUUUUUAUUUUGUGUAAAAGUGUAAAAUCCUGCUAAUAAAGUUUCUCUUUGGAAACCAUGCGCACUUACUCUGAGCUGUGCGUCUCAGCAGAGGUGCCUCAAACUUUUCCAGGAGGAGAUGCGGCUCCCCGCGCGACUGUCCUGUCCGGAUUCACUCUGUUCCCAGUUGCAUCCACGGGAGGACCGUCAAACCGAAGCCUGGAUACCAUCGUAGAUCCGAUCCUUCGCACAUCUCCGCCGGAGCGCUCUGCGGUAUUUUCUCGGUCUCAUGAACUUGUGGAAAUCGAGGAAACAGCAGAAGAUGAGCCCAAACUUUAUUUGGAAGCCAGUGAGCUUUGGAGACAGUUCCACAAAUGCGGAACAGAAAUGGUCAUUACAAAAUCUGGGAGACGUAUGUUUCCGCCGCUCAGGGCCAGGUGCACGGGGAUGGACAGAAAAGCCAAAUAUAUUCUCCUCAUGGACAUCGUGGCAGCUGAUGACUGUAGAUAUAAAUUCCAUAACUCGCGAUGGAUGGUGGCGGGCAAGGCGGACCCCGAGAUGCCCAAACGCAUGUACAUCCACCCGGACAGUCCGGCUACUGGAGAGCAGUGGAUGUCGAAAGUGGUCAACUUCCACAAGCUGAAACUAACCAACAACAUAUCAGACAAGCAUGGAUUUACAAUUCUCAACUCGAUGCACAAGUACCAGCCCAGGUUUCAUAUAGUAAAGGCACAUGACAUCCUAACGCUGCCUUACUGCACUUUUAGGACAUAUGUGUUCUCUGAGACUGAAUUCAUCGCAGUUACAGCUUACCAGAAUGACAAGAUCACACAGCUGAAAAUAGACAACAAUCCUUUCGCCAAGGGAUUCCGAGAUACUGGCAAUGGAAGGAGAGAGAAGAGGAAACUACAACAUUCAUCCCACAGGUCUAAAGAGACACAGCUGACUGAUGUGAAACACGAACCUGUAAAAGACUCUCCACAGCAAUCACACGAUUCCAGGUCUUCAGAUCCCCAUGAGAGUGACAGUGAUAAGGACACAAAUUCUGAGGAGCUUCCUGGAGAAGAGAUGUGUGAAACACACCAGGAAAAAGAACCACAGCCAAAGGUUUCCAUCACAGAAGCAACCAUGCAGACUACAGCCAGGAUCCACAAAGAUGUGGACCUCGGACAAAACCAUGUCAGCAGCCUAACAACUGACCAAGCAAAUCGCUGCCAGAAACAAGAUGCAAAGACGGAACAACUGUCUGAUGUCUCCACCGGUUUUGCAUACAGCUGUGCUUAUUCUCCAGAAUUAAACAGAUAUCUGUGGGAUCCCAGUGUCUCAAAUGGCUUUUUCCACUCAUCUCGGCUGAACACCUGGCACAGCUGUGCCAACAUGGACAGAGUAGUACCAUGUGGAUUGAGUCCAGCGCUGACUCCUCUUCCUAUUAAUCAACAACAUGCAAUGGCACAGGACCUGAUGAGCCUUUCACACUUUGGAGGAUUUCUGUUUUAUCCUAACUCCAGCUUCUUAGCAACAUCGGCCCACUACCUCAACCCACAAGGCCAGUCCGGAUUGGAUUUCAGAGGCUGUCCAAGCAUCCGCAGUCGGGAUUACUUCUCCUCUCCGGCAAUAUUUUCAUUUGUUCCUGCAGCAAGUGGCAGUUUCAAAUAUCUCACCCCAGAUUGGCUUACACAGCCUAAGAUGGAGGAAAAGACUUUAACAGAGCAGGAAGUGACUGGAGCCAGGAUAAGUAAAGAACAGUGGGAGUCUACUGACCUGUGAGGGGGUUCUACUGUUUGUUAGUGUCCCUGCAU